UAGUUUUUUUCUAGUUUUCAUUUCAGGUAAAAGCUCGUCAUCAGCCGUACUUCAAACAUAUUUCUACUGUAGGUUGCGCAUGUUCACUUUUCUUUCUGGUGCUUACUUGUGUGACAAUCUUAACUUGUUGGAAAAAGUUGAGAAGUUUUCGGAUAACAAUGUUACUGCAUUUGUUUGCUGCCAUUUCGGUGUCUUGUCUUCUAAUUAUUAUAGCUGGAAAAGCAGAAAGACCAAAGGAGUUAUGUACAACAACAGCAGUGUUACUCCAUUAUUUCCUUCUGUCUGUAUUUUUCUGGAUGCUAUGUCAUGGUGUUAUGUUGUACUUCCUGAUAUUAAAGGCUGAACGGCAAGAAAUUCUGGCAUUGAAAAAGAAAUGGUUCUACGCUCUAGGAUGGGGUGUUCCAGUCCUAAUCGUGGCCAUUUCUCUAGCAGUAACUGGAAUCAAGUCCUAUGCAGCAAAUAACUGUUGGCUUACAACAGAACAUUGGCUCAUCUAUUGGGCAUUUGUUGCUCCAGUUGCCGUAAUCCUAUUAAUCAACUCAAUUCUGUUAAUUUUCUUGCUUCGUCGGAUACACAGAGCGACUAAAACCAAAAACAACAAAACAUCUGCCAAGCACGUGAAGGAUUGGUUGAGACGUUUUGCAAUGCUGCUGCCAGUUCUGGGUGUCACGUGGUCGUUUGGCUUUCUCACGUUCAUUACAUCAACAGCUGUGUUUCAUUACAUAUUCACCAUAUUGAAUUCGUUCCAAGGACUUUUCAUAUUUGUGAGCUUCUGCAUUCUAGACGAUUCGGUUAAAAAAUCUAUUAAGAGUAUUUUGUGUGAGAAGAUGAAUACCACGAAGAGAGACACAAGAGAAGGAAACACUGUUUUUCAGGAGUAAAUAAAGGUAAGAAUUGAUUAAAUAGAAUUUAGUUAAAUGUUUGAGUUGAUUGCUAGACUAGCUAUGUUUCAACAAACUAUGCAUCUUAUCUGUGGUAAAUGACUGAUGCGAUGGCAAACAAAUGGACGUGCUUGCCUGUAAGAUGAACAAGAAAUGUGCGCCAUAAAACUUCC